AUGUUCGACAACACUCGUUACAAAAGCGCAAUCAAGGCAAAGGAUCUUCCCGAUUUCACGAACCGGAAUACGGACUCGCAAUAUUGGGUGUUUUGGCCGCGAGAAGCAGCUUCCAAGGGAAUUGAAAAGGGAACCAACUACAAUCUCGUAAAGGAAAUUCACGACUGGGACGGCGCUUUUAAUUUGACUGCUUCGUAUAGAAUCGAUAGCGACGUUGUACGACCGUUUGGCAGUACAGAUUCAGUACUUGCACGUCAUUACAGCGCCGGAGAGCACGAACCCUACGAAGACAUCAUUAAGUCAAUCAUGGACCGCAAAGAAAACAACAGCGGAAAACACACAACCUGGAUCGUCUCAAACUGCGGCAGAACGAACGGAGCUUCGGCGAGAUGGAACUACGCUCAAGAACUGAUCAAAGAAGGGCUGAAAAUAAACGGCUUCGGCGAUUGCUUCAAUAACCAUCUUGAAGGCGCUCCUUGGUCGGAUAAAUUUGGCGAUGGAGUUAUUGCUGGCUACAAAUUCUAUCUUGCGUUUGAAAACUCUGUCCACUGCAACGGAUACAUCUCUGAAAAGUUUUGGCGUAACUCCCUCGGCACCGGGGCUGUUCCCGUCGUCUACGGUCCUCACAAAUCGGACGUGGAAGCUGUCGCGCCUCCAAACUCCUACAUUUUCGCCGAAGACUUUGAAACGCCCAAAGAUCUGGUCGACUAUUUGGACUACUUGGACGGCAACGACACGGCGUAUUUGGAGUAUCACAAGUGGAGAGCGAAUGAACUCGACGAUGAUUACGAGUACUUGGGAUCCCAUACGGCGGAAAUGAUGUGCAAUCUUUGCAGAAAUAUCCAAGAACGCAAAUCCGCCGGUUUCCCCAAACGGAUCAUCAAAAGCGUGAUGAGCUGGUGGUGGGUAAACGUUCACGACGACAAAUGCACUGGCGGCUACAAACUGCCCGAGUGGAUCACUUCCUUCCCCCCUCAAACCAUGCAAAACACAUAUGAUGAGAUGAGAGCAAAUCUUCACGAGAAGGACGUCCUCAAAUAA